UUUCUCUCUGUUCUUUAAUCCUGGAACAAUAGUUAGGCUGAUUCAAAAAGCUCUCUACUAUGGUUGGAAUGCUAUAGGAGAGAAUAGCAUAGAAAAAUAGAAACAGCCCUCACUGUUGAAAAGGUAAAUCGUGAGCCAUACCCUAUAAGCAGCAUAUGCAUACCGAGGUAUUUUGAUUGUUUUGUAAUACUUAAUGGAGAUUAUACUAGGUUUAAGUUUUUCUGAUUCAUGGGAGUGCUGAAAGAUUUUCAUUUCUCCUGUAUAACUGGUUUAAAGUCCUUUUUGUGUACAGAGGCGUGUUUGAAAGGGUUAGACUGGUGUUUGAUGGAGGAGUGUGAAUAAAUUAUGUAGAUCUCCCAAGCACUGUAGCCAAUGAGCUAAGCCAGGACUCUCAGCGGAGAGGAAAAUAGUUAAUAGGCUGGCUGUCGCUCUAGAUUGCUGCAUAAAUGCUAGGAGCAGCAGCUCUAUGGUUGUGCGGUGGGGAGGGGAGAGCAGGAUGACGUCAUCGCUUCGGGGCUGCUGCAGGAUGGAGUGGAAAGCUGCUGCUGAUGGCAUUGUUUUUGUGGCAGCAGCUGAAUGACAGAUCCUCACUACAAAGAUAUCCCUUUGGCCCCCGUGUAGGCCUCCUGGUUCGGGUGUUUCACCAUGCCAGCACAGCGCCAUGAGUCCUGGAUGCAUGCUGCUGUUUGUGUUUGGCUUUGUUGGCGGGGCGGUGGUCAUUAAUUCUGCUAUCUUAGUAUCUCUCUCUGUUUUGCUGCUUGUGCACUUUUCUAUUUCUACCGGUGUGCCAGCUCUGACGCAGAACCUACCAAGGAUACUCAGAAAAGAACGUCCUAUAUCAUUAGGGAUUUUCCCAUUACCUGCUGGAGACGGAUUGCUUACACCAGAUACUCAGAAAGGCGGAGAGACCCCUGGAUCAGAGCAAUGGAAAUUUCAGGAUUUAAGUCAACCACGUUCUCAUGCCAGCCUGAAGGAUGAACUUUCUGAUGUUAGCCAAGGAGGAUCUAAAGCUACCACUCCAUCAACAGCUGCGUCAGAUGUGGCAGUAAUUCCUACGGAUACUCCCUUAAAGGAAGAUAAUGAAGGAUUUGUGAAGGCUGCAGAUACACCAAAUAAGUCAGAGAUAAGCAAGCAUAUUGAAGUACAGGUAGCUCAAGAAACUAGAAAUGUAUCAACAGGUUCUGCUGAAAAUGAAGAGAAGUCAGAAGUUCAAGCAAUCAUUGAAUCCACUCCUGAGUUGGAUAUGGACAAAGAUCUCAGUGGAUAUAAAGGCUCAAGCACUCCCACCAAAGGCAUAGAGAACAAAGCUUUUGAUCGCAAUACAGAAUCUCUCUUUGAAGAACUGUCUUCAGCUGGCUCAGGCCUAAUUGGAGAUGUGGAUGAAGGAGCGGAUUUACUAGGAAUGGGUCGUGAAGUUGAGAAUCUUAUAUUAGAAAAUACACAACUGUUGGAAACCAAAAAUGCUCUGAAUGUAGUGAAGAAUGAUUUGAUAGCAAAGGUGGAUGAGCUGACCUGUGAGAAAGAUGUGCUACAAGGGGAGCUGGAGGCUGUGAAACAGGCCAAACUGAAGCUGGAGGAAAAGAACAAGGAGCUGGAGGAAGAGCUUAGGAAAGCUCGCGCAGAAGCUGAGGAUGCACGACAAAAAGCAAAAGACGAUGAUGAUAGUGAUAUUCCCACAGCCCAGAGGAAGCGGUUUACUAGAGUAGAGAUGGCCCGUGUUCUAAUGGAGAGAAACCAGUAUAAAGAAAGAUUGAUGGAGCUUCAGGAAGCUGUUCGAUGGACAGAGAUGAUUCGUGCAUCAAGAGAAAAUCCAGCCAUGCAGGAAAAAAAAAGGUCAAGCAUUUGGCAGUUUUUCAGCCGACUUUUUAGCUCCUCAAGUAAUACUGCUAAGAAACCUGAACCACCUGUUAAUUUGAAGUACAAUGCACCCACCUCUCAUGUUACUCCUUCUGUCAAGAAAAGAAGCAGCACCUUAUCUCAGCUCCCUGGGGAUAAGUCCAAAGCCUUUGAUUUCCUUAGCGAAGAAACUGAAGCUAGUUUAGCCUCACGCAGAGAACAGAAGAGAGAACAGUAUCGCCAGGUAAAGGCACACGUCCAGAAGGAAGAUGGUAGAGUGCAGGCUUUUGGCUGGAGUCUGCCUCAAAAGUACAAACAGGUAACCAAUGGCCAAGGGGAAAAUAAGAUGAAAAAUCUACCUGUGCCUGUCUAUCUCAGACCCCUAGAUGAAAAAGAUACAUCCAUGAAGCUGUGGUGUGCUGUUGGAGUCAACUUAUCAGGUGGGAAGACCAGAGAUGGUGGUUCUGUUGUUGGAGCAAGUGUCUUUUACAAAGAUGUUGCUGGUUUGGAUACAGAAGGCAGUAAACAGCGAAGUGCAUCACAGAGUAGUUUAGACAAGUUAGACCAGGAACUUAAGGAACAACAGAAGGAGUUAAAAAAUCAAGAAGAAUUAUCCAGUCUAGUCUGGAUCUGUACCAGCACUCAUUCAGCUACAAAAGUAAUCAUUAUUGAUGCUAUUCAACCAGGCAACAUCCUAGACAGUUUUACUGUGUGUAACUCUCAUGUUCUCUGUAUAGCCAGUGUACCAGGAGCCAGAGAAACAGACUACCCUGCGGGAGAGGAGCUUUCAGAAUCUGGACAGGUAGACAAAGCAUCUCUGUGUGGCAGCGUGACCAGCAACAGCUCAGCAGAGACAGACAGCCUGUUGGGGGGCAUCACCGUAGUUGGUUGUUCUACAGAAGGUGUGACAGCAGCCGCCACUUCCCCUAGUACCAACGGUGCUUCUCCAGUGAUGGAAAAACCACCAGAAAAGGAAGCAGAAAAUAGUGAGGUUGAUGAGAACGUUCCAACAGCAGAAGAAGCUACGGAGGCUACAGAAGGCAAUGCAGGGACAGCUGAAGACACCGCGGACGCCUCCCAGCCUGGCGUCUACACAGAGCAUGUCUUCACGGACCCCCUGGGGGUUCAAAUCCCAGAGGACCUCUCGCCUGUGUAUCAGUCAAGUAAUGACUCAGAUGCGUAUAAAGAUCAGAUGUCAGUAUUGCCAAAUGAACAAGACCUGGUAAGAGAAGAAGCCCAGAAAAUGAGUAGCCUUUUACCAACUAUGUGGCUUGGAGCUCAGAACGGCUGUCUGUAUGUGCACUCUUCUGUAGCCCAGUGGAGAGGAUGCCUCCAUUCCAUUAAACUUAAAGAUUCGAUUCUCAGUAUUGUACAUGUGAAAGGGAUUGUGUUAGUGGCCCUGGCUGACGGCACCCUCGCAAUCUUUCACAGAGGAGCUGAUGGGCAGUGGGAUUUGUCAAACUACCACCUGUUGGACCUUGGACGGCCUCACCAUUCUAUUCGGUGCAUGACUGUGGUCCAUGACAAAGUCUGGUGUGGCUACAGGAACAAAAUCUAUGUGGUUCAGCCAAAGGCUAUGAAAAUAGAGAAAUCAUUUGACGCGCACCCCAGGAAGGAGAGCCAGGUGCGGCAGCUUGCGUGGGUGGGGGACGGAGUGUGGGUCUCCAUUCGUUUGGAUUCCACGCUCCGUCUCUAUCAUGCACAUACUUAUCAACACCUACAGGAUGUGGACAUUGAGCCUUAUGUAAGCAAAAUGUUAGGUACUGGAAAACUGGGCUUCUCGUUUGUGAGGAUCACAGCUCUUAUGGUGUCUUGCAAUCGUUUGUGGGUGGGGACAGGAAAUGGUGUCAUUAUCUCCAUCCCAUUGACAGAAACUGUAAUCCUCCACCAGGGACGCUUACUGGGGCUGAGGGCAAAUAAAACCUCAGGAGCACCAGGAAAUCGUCCUGGAAGUGUAAUCCGCGUAUAUGGUGAUGAAAACAGCGAUAAAGUGACUCCAGGGACAUUUAUACCCUAUUGUUCAAUGGCACAUGCCCAGCUUUGCUUCCACGGGCACCGGGACGCAGUGAAAUUCUUUGUGGCAGUCCCAGGUCAAGUCGUCAGUCCACAAAGUGGCAGUGGUGGCACAGAUCUAACAGGUGACAGAGCAGGGCCAUCUGCACAGGAGCCUGGCAGCCAGACGCCCUUGAAGUCUAUGCUCGUCAUCAGUGGAGGAGAGGGCUACAUUGACUUCCGAAUGGGUGAUGAAGGUGGAGAAUCAGAACUUCUUGGAGAGGAUCUUCCACUUGAACCUUCUGUCGCCAAAGCAGAAAGGAGUCACCUGAUAGUGUGGCAAGUGCUGUAUGGCAAUGAGUGAGCACAUAGGAAACCGGUGGAGACAGGGAAGCUGUCUCUUCUGCAUGGUUUAUUUUCCCUUUCCCCUUAAUUUAAUGCUCUCUUUGUGAAAUCAGUUUCACCACAUCAUGUGUGAGCAUUUUUUUUUUCCUGUUAACUUUCUAUCACAAGACCUGUCCUUCCCGUAACAAUACAGGAACUAGCUGUUUUACUGCACCAGUGUUCCAGGCGAUUUCAGUACGUUAUGAACAAAUCAAAGAAUGUUUACUCUCUGCAAACUGAAUUCUAGGAAGCAAUCCAGAUGUGGUUCACUCUGCCACAGCUGAUGUCACUCACUUCGUUUGAUGGGGUCACUUUUGAGCUGUCGCUAAUAAUGGAAUCCAUGGGAACGCUUGAUAAGUGGAACUAUACCAUUUGGUACAAUUAUAGUCUUCCCCGUGUAUUAUAAAACUGACACAAACUAGUAUCAGGUGGAUUAUCAGGAGGUCUCUAAGUGUCCCAGGGGGCUAAAAGCUAAUUGUAAAUUACUUUCACUUUCAAAUCUGACAAAUCUUGUUUAUAUAUGGUAUAUAAAACGUUGUUUUCAUCAGAUUUGGGGGGGGGUUUUAUAUUGAAGAAAUUAAGACUACACUAUUUAAAUAAAAGAUUCCUGUUUCUGA